AUGGCGGAGUCGUGCGAUUCCCGUGAUGCCCCGCGGCGCCCGCCGACCUCUUUGCGGGAUUCUGACGUCACAGGGAGCGCGACUGAGCCCCGCGAACCCGGCCGCAUCCUGUCAGCGGCUGCACCGGGAUCGUCGUCGCCGCCACCGCCGCGGACCCUGAAGGUGUCGCACUGCCGACGUCACAGCCGGCGACGGGGUCUGCCGGCGGCCGCGGCUGCGGUCUAUGCCGUGAUUUCCUGCAGCGGCCCCGGCUCUGUCGAUACUAAUCAGGUGAGUUUUGAUGAUGUGCAUGUGAACUUCACUGCAGAAGAGUGGAAUUUGCUGGAUCCUUCCCAGAAAAAUCUCUACAAAGAUGUGAUGCUUGAGACCUACUGGAACCUCACUGCUAUUGGCUAUAAUUUGGAAGUCCAUCAUACUGAAGAACAACAUCAAACUUCUAGACGUCAUGAAAGGCAUGAAAGAAGUCAUACUGGAGAGAAACCUUAUGAAUGUAACCAAUGUGGUAAAGCCUUUUCAAAUCACAGUAAUCUCCAAAGACAUAAAAGAACACAUACUGGAGAGAAACUUUAUGAAUGUGAUCAAUGUGGUAAAGCCUUUUCACAAAACAGUAGUCUCCAAUAUCAUAAAAGAACACAUACUGGAGAGAAACCUUAUGAAUGUAAUCAAUGUGGUAAAGCCUUUGCAGAUCACAGAGGUCUCCAAAGACAUAAAAGAACACAUACUGGAGAGAAACCUUAUGAAUGUAAUCAAUGUGGUAAAGGCUUUUCACGUCACAGUAGUCUCCAAAGUCAUAAAAGUACACAUCUUGGAGAGAAGCCUCAUGAAUGUAAUCAAUGUGGUAAAGCCUUUUCACAUCACAUUAGUCUCCAAUAUCAUAAAAGAACACAUACUGAAGAGAAACCUUAUGAAUGUGAUCAAUGUGGAAAAGCCUUUUCACAAAACAAUAGUCUCCAAUAUCAUAAAAGAACACAUACUGGAGAGAAACCUUAUGAAUGUAAUCAAUGUGGUAAAGCCUUUGCAGAUCAUAGUGGUCUCCAAAGACAUAAAAGAACACAUACUGGAGAGAAACCUUAUGAAUGUAAUCAAUGUGGUAAAGCCUUUUCACGUCACAGUAGUCUCCAAUAUCAUAAAAGAACGCAUACUGAAGAGAAACCUUAUGAAUGUAAUCAAUGUGGUAAAGCCUUUUCACGUCACAGUAGUCUCCAAUAUCAUAAAAGAACACAUACUGGAGAGAAAUCUUUGAAUGUAAUUAAUAUGGUAAAAGACUUUUCAGAAAAUUUUUGUCUCCAAAGCCAUAAAACAACC